AUGGCUAUUUUCAUAUCGUGGGAUUUGGCUGAUGCGAUAAGCGUCAAAAGUUGUCAAAAGUUGAUGGGUAUGCUGGAGGUAUGCCGUCAUGGAGGUGUCCUUGGCGCUGAAGUCCUAGUUGACUUGAUGAACAACGAGCUAUCAGUCACUGAAUAUCUGGAUUUGUUUAGCGCCCAUCUCUUUGGCAAAGGCGUGAAAUUUGAAGCGGAGGUCGUACUCGAGGACGACUUUAUCUUGGGAGAUAAGGACGAGGUCCGCCCCACAACCUUGGGUAUUGGAGGAACCAUCGACAUACAGUGUCCACAAGGACUAGCUGAGGUCAAAGUUGCUGUUGCUGGAAAUGUGAACAAGGGUUGA